AUGCGCAUCUAUCUUCUACCCAUCUCCACGCGGCGGACGCUGCUCUAUUGCCAGAAGCUGGAGACAAAGACCGCGGACAGCAAGAGCUAUGUUGACAAGGCGACUGCGAAAGCUGCGAAGCUCUGGGCAGGAUGGGAGAAGAAGGAGAGUGGCUGGCAGAAGACCAUAGUGAACUACGGGAACAAAGCCCUCCAGCGGAUACCAUACGAGGAAUGGGGGUUGAAGUCGGUCCCUCCUCUGUCCAAGCGGAGGCAAGAGGAGGAGGCGCAUGGGCUGGAGAAGGUCGAGGUCGUCUAUCCCAAGUCUGCGAUACCCACCACCAAGGCCUUAAGCGUCCUCCAGACCCUGGCCACGGAGCGGCAAACACUACACAAGCAGAGGUUGACUUGGUGCAUCGUGGGUAUGCCCAUCAGCGCUCCAUUCGCCCUGGUCCCUGUAAUACCUAACCUGCCAUUCUUCUAUCUGGUCUACCGUGCCUGGUCACAUUGGCGCGCAUUGGCUGGAGGAAAGCACAUACAGUGGCUAUCUGAGAACAACCUCCUCUCCUUGGCACCAUCACCUAUCUUGGACAAGAUUUAUCCUACACUUUUGUCCACGUCUACAUUGUCAAAAGCAAACCCCCAGUCCAGCGAGGCGCCCGAGAUCGAUUCGCGCGCAUCUGGCCAAGAAAUACCCGAGGAGCAAGAGAAGAUGCUAUUGACACAAGAGAAUGGCCGCCAGUUAUUUAAGGAGCUGGAUAUACCAGAGCUUGAGGUCGAAGUGGAACGCGCCAUCUGGCAGGUUGAGCAUGCUCUUCACAAAGAGCACAGUCAGGCCCAUCCUGUGCCAAAUCCUGGUCCUACGGCUAAGAAUAACGAGAGGAAGGAUCAAUAA